CUCAAACGCCCAUGUCCUCACUUCGUUCCUGUGGGCCACGACAUGUCUUCAGAAUACGACUUUAGGCCAGGCGGGGGUCUUAAAUUGAAGGGUGUGGUUGAUGGUGGUAUUGUGAAGAAGAAGAAGAAGAAGUCGAAAUCCAAGUCUGAUGAUGCAGACAAGAAGAUUGAACGGGAAAAGAUCAAGGAAAUGCUCCAAUCCGAGGAUCUUGUCCAGACAUCCUCUGGCAGUAGCAGCCGAAAUUCGCCCAGCGUAAACCCGGAAAGCUCUUCCUCGCGCAAGACGGAGGCUGAGAAACGGUUCGAAGAGGUUCAACGACAGAGGUUGGCUCAACGUGUCGCGAAGCUUGCAAAGAAGACGCACAAGGACCGCGUCGCCGAGUUCAACAGUCAUCUGGAGUCCCUCAGUGAGCACCACGACAUCCCCAAAGUCGGACCUGGCUAAGGCGUGCCAUUACCCUAUUCCUUUGCCCUGGUCUCAGUGUAUAUACACCUUUGUGCUUGCUUUCUUCAAUCGAUUCUCUAUACCAGUCUU